AUGGAAUCUGAGGAAGGCGGUGACGGUGUGAAUUAUAGUGGGAAUUUUGUCACCGAUACAGAUGGUCGGCCGUAUCGGUAUUUGCGAUGUGAUCGGUCACGAAGGAGCAAGCCGAGAGAUUUGGAGAACGCGAUACGGAAGGACACCAAAACCAAAGCUAAUGGUUUUCCAUUCUACAUCAAGAUAUAUUAUGAUGUCAGCAUCGAAAGUUGGAAGAUCAUUGCGAAAAAUGAUCACACCGGGACACAUAACCACCCAACGAUUGUGUACCCAGAGGGUCACCGUAAAGUGAGCGGAUUGAGUCCGGGUGCAAAACAGGUUGUGCGGGACAUGACAAAGUCCAAGGUUGCUCCCCGUAACAUCAUGUCCACUAUUACCGAGCAAUUUCCUGAUGAUCAUCCAAACAUCCGACACAUUUACAAUUGCCGAAAUGACUUCAGGAUGGAGAUGUCCGAAGGAAGAGGAGUUGUUCAGCAAUUUCUUCAUCUGGCGAGAGAGAGUAAAUACAUUUACUGGUUCACGAACGAUGAUCACAACGUUUUGCAACAUGCAUUUAUGGUGCACCCGAUCAUGGUCAACAUACUCCGCACAUACCCACAUGUCAUAGGUAUGGAUUCUACUUACAAGACCAAUCUAUAUAACAUGCCUUUCUUUGAGAUAGUAGGCGUGACACCGACAAACCAAAAUUUUCUAGUUGGAUAUGUUUUCAUGCGCGACGAGUGCACGGCUAGCUAUCGGUGGGUGUUGCAGAGAUUAAGGGAGUUGAUUGGGUUUGAUAAAGAGCCAUCUGUAUUUAUUUCAGACCGUGAUCUUGGGCUAUGUGCGGCUUUGAGAGAAGUCUUUCCAAGGACGUCACAUUUACUCUAUCUAUGGCACAUCAACAGAGAUGUGGAGGCUAAGGUGACGAAGAUGUUUGGAAACAAGAUGGUUGGUGUCAGUUUUAGAGCUGGGAGAUGGUUCAAAAUCGUGAAUGCAACAACACAGGGGGAGUAUGAUCGUGCUCUAACUGCCAUGCAAGUUCUUCAUUUUGGUAAUACCACCAACUGCAGAGUUGAGAGCCAACAUUCAGCAGUGAAAACUUGGUUAGAAUCAUCUACAGAAUCAUUGGCAGGUGCUUUGGAUACCGUAUGGGCCCGAGUCCAUUGUCAUAUCGGUAAUCGCAUCACACAAAUUCGUAAUGACUUGGAGGCAUCAAGGUCUAAAAUUGGUCAGAUGUACAGACAGUUGCCACUGUCACGUAUAAAUGGCAAAGUGUCUCAACAUUGCUUGAAAGUUCUGGAUAACGAGACGAAAAGGAUGCGGGAUUUGAGUUACCAGGUCCAUGAACGGUUUGGAUGUGCUAUGCGUCUGACCCAUGGUUUUCCAUGUGCUUGCCAGAUACAUGAUUCGAUAGUUGCACAGACAGGAUUGUAUAGCAGCCAAAUUCAUUCUUUCUGGAAGAUACUUGUUAUUGGUGAUGGUGUUAACAUUCCUGAAGUGGUAAAUGAUUCGACCGAGGAGGCUGCACAUUUUCGGUCCCUAAUCGACGAAGUCAUGGAAAGUGACCCGGCCGUAUGUCGAAAUGUAACGCGAAUCAUUGAAGAGGAGCUACAUCCAGAUCAUUCACACCUUGAAGAACCACAUAUCAACCUUAACACUCGUGGUCGACCGAAAAGAAAUAACACCAGGCGUGAUCGUAGCUAUUUCGAGCAUGUGAACCGUCAACACACUCAACGUGGUGGUGACCCAGAACCAGAUCCAAGUGACAUUAGUCAAUGCAGGUAUUUGAACUUGCUUCCAGCCCCAAUGUUGCCGUACAUUUCGUCUUGGAAGGAUGUCAUUGGUGAUGGGAACUGUGGCUUUCGUUGUGUCGCCGACUUCUUCUUUGGCGAUCAAAAUAAGUGGUUUGACGCUCGGGAAACAAUAGCGAACGAGGUCGCUGGUCAUCCUGAUUUGUACGAACGGAUUUACGGGCUUGGGCGACUUUGGAUGAACGUGGAGCGUAUUCGAUGGGAUGGUGGGGAUGUCGGGGAGCGGCAUUGGAUGGUUACAAUUCAAGAUUUAUUUCCUAUUGCUACGUGGUUCAACGCAAGGGUGAUUUGUCUCGGAGUAGGCCUAGUACCAACUUGCUACUACCCAUGCAUCACAGUCUUACCGCUUAGGGCACGCAACGGGGUUCGGUCACCGACUCGAGAGUUUGUGAUUGCUACAGUUGGUGGAUCACAUUUUAUCCGUCUUGACCUUGUACCUGAUUCACCACUCCCGCCGAUUGCCGGUUGGUGGACGAAACACCACGAGGAUAGUGACAAUGGAUGGGACCAAUCAUAUCAAUUGAGAAGGGACAUGUGGGAUGCAUUAGUUAGGUAG